AUGUUAGCUUGGCUGAAUGCUUGCGAGAUAAUCGUUUUGAUGAAUCCAGGAAUUUGGUAUAUCGUUACUGUCCUUCCAGGAUUUGAAAGCAUCCAGUUGCUCAACGCAGUAUUAUAUCUCGAUUUAAAUGAAGAAUAUACAGCGAUAUCCAAAGGUUGCAACUUAUUGCUGCAAUGGGGCGAUGUGAUGCCGUUGGAUUUUGCAUAA